AUGCUCUCAGGUGAGAGCGAGUGCUUGUUCAAUAUCAAAUUUGAGAGCGGAGUGCUCAACAUCCCGUAUCUGGUUCUUAUGGACUCGACGGAAAAAACAUUUCGGAAUAUUAUCGCCUUUGAGCAAUGUUACUGCACAAAGCAGCAUCUGACUAACUACAUGGUUUUCAUGCAUCAUCUGGUUGAUACCCCAGGCGAUGCAAGCUUACUGAUCGACGAGAGAAUCAUCGAGAAUUGGCUCAGCAAUAAGGAAGCUGCCAUGCGGGUAAUCAACAACUUCGGCGAGGGAAAUAUAAUUUUACCCAGUUACAACUUCAACAGCCUUGGCCAAGAGCUCACCAACCAUUGCCGAAAGCGUCAAAACAAGUGGAAGGCGACGUUCAAUCGUGACUACUGCAGUAGCCCGUGGGUGGCCAUCUCGGUUAUCGCUGCAGUGCUGUUGCUUUUACUGACCAUAGUACAGACUGUGUGCUCACUCAUCUCUCUCAAAAACCAUCCUUCUUAA